AUGAUGAACCCGAGAGAAUUAUCAUCUUUAGAAAAUUUCUUCUAUCAUAGAAGUGAAGUGAACCUCCAUUCCUGUUUCUAUUUGGCACUUCUGCUGAAUGCCUUGCCAGCAAAGAAACAGCUAUAUAAAGCGCUACAAGAUACAAUUGCAACUUACCCUCAACUACAUCAAAACAUAACUAAAAAUAAGGAAGAUGAGUACUUAUACGUCGAAGACAUAAAGAAAACACCAAUUGAAUUCGAAGAUGUUGUUGAAUUUGUAGCUUGGGAAAAAUUCGAGGAAAAGGAAAUAAACUCCAUUUUUCAAACAUAUAACUUCCAUUAUAGAAACGAUAGGCCAUUAUGGAAAAUCCUUGUCGUCCCUUCAUUGAAUACAUUUAUUUUAUUACUUGACCACGCUUUAUUUGACGGUAUAUCUGCUGUUAAAAUUUGGGAAACUUUUAUGGAAAAGUUAAAUAAGUCAUCUGAAAUUGAGAACAUUGAUGUGACCGUACCAUUAUAUAUCCCAGAAGAAAAUCAUGAGGGAACGUUGGUAGCAUCACAACACCCAUAUGAUAUAUGGCCUGUUCCAAUAGCUUGGAAGGUAAAGUCAUUUAUAGCCACUAAACUUUUCAAUUGGUAUCCUCAAGCAAUUAUCUCACCGAAUAGCAAUUUAUUCGAGUUUAAAGGUUACAAAUUCCCAGAAGGAUUUUUGUCACAAUAUCCUAAAGAUGGGGUUACCAGUUUUAAGGUUAGGAAUGAUAAUACUCAAAAAUUGAUCAAGAUGGCACCAGGGAAACUGGAAACUAUAUUGAAGAACUGUAAAACGAAUGCGGUAUCAUUAACCUCAUAUAUUGUCGCGAUAAUUAUAAUUGCUUUACGAAACGUUACACAGGAGUCUUAUACUGGUAACUUGCUAAAAGUGUCGAUACCGAUCAAUACAAGGAAUAUCUGUGCUAACCAAGUAAAUACUCCAGAAGAAAUGCUGCAACUAGGUAAUUUUGUUGGAAGUAUGGAUUUCGAACAUCCUAUAAAUAGUGAUUCUGGUAUAUGGGACAUUGCUAGAGAUGUCCAACAAUUUAUUACGAAGAACACAACAGUUGGUAUAAGUGAUAUCAUCAACAAUAUUAAAUUGUUGGAUGGUAUAAAUUGUGAAGAGUUCGUGAAAAAGAAAAUAGAAUUUAGCAGUAAUGGUCCUGCAUCUACAUUUGAAGUCACGAAUCUUGGGUUUCAAUCAUUCAAAGGUAGCUGUAUGGAAUCCUCCUCCUAUUUCAUCAAAGAUGCAGUAUUUAAUGAACCACAAGGAAUGUCGGAUAUAUUUACUUGCAGUGUCAUUUCAACACCAAUUGGUGGCCUCCGUUGUAGUCUCAGUUAUCCAAAAGAUAUAGCACAAGAAUUUGAACCUUGUUGGGAUUACAUCAAGAACAAUUUUUGA